CAUGCAUGCCUGACGGAUGGCGCGUUUUAGUGCCGUCAGUUGCGGCGCUCUCCUGUCUCUUCAUGAAUGCGCUCUCGCUCUCCUCCCGCAUGCGAGCGCUCACUCACGAGGUUUGCGGAAACAGGAAUCGUUACAAGAAUGUAACACUAGUUGUAAUAUGCCAGGUGGAUCUCUGAGCCAGAUUCCCGGAAGCCAAGGCGACAGGCCCUGGCUGCAUGCGCUGUUCCUGGAUGGGCAACCAUUGGUUUGUCGUAUAACAAAGCAGAUCAAGAUAAACUCCUAGUCUUCCUCAGGAAGCAAGAAACGCGUCCUGGCACAGCCUGGCAAAGCCUGAUUAGUUCCGAGGUUAUGGGUAACGACCUACAGUGCGUCGGCGGCCCUGGCUGCGUGUGUGUGGUCCCCUGCCUGAGAACCCGGCUGACAGGGUCACCUCGAAGGUCCCCUACACGACGUGAAUCCGUUGGUGAUCGGAACGGAGCUUCAAGCUGGCAGAUGGUCAACCUCUGGCGACGGCAAGCCAACGGAGAAGCAGGCUGAGUGCUGCAGCCUUGGUUCGAGUUUUCCGUCUGCUUUUAGACUCUGCACACGCGAGUCCUGGUGGAUGAGAGAGAAUCUCAGGAUCCAGCAGCUCUCAGCCAGCUUAUCUUGUAUUGUGCAGCGUGACUCUGGGUGAAUUGUGGGGAAGAGAGGUGAGGCCAUCAUGCCGACGCUCACUGAGGAUGCCACGUAUCUUGCCAAGAUGUUUGCUUCGGUGGUCGCGAUUGGUUCAGCAGCUGCCAUCUCUCUGCCGUUUCUCCUGCCCACAGCCUUCCUGUUUUCGCCUUUGAUUGCCAUUUUUGCUGCUUACACCUAUAUCAAGCCCCGCGCGUUCCAGCGGAAGCUCCUUCAGGGUCCCAGCAGCACCGCAGCUAGACGGCCAUGGCAGCCUUCCCCAGACGUGCAAGGGAAGCAUUACGAACAGGAAGAAGUAUUUCGCCGACUGCCAGAGCCCGCUCUUACCGGCAAAGAGGCUCGGUCUGGUCUACCACCUGUAAGCAAGACAGCGUGUGGGUUAAGGGACCCGAGCAGCAGGACUGCUGGGUUUGGAGCGACGCAGGCUGGGGAGAGGACCAACGUGGAUGCUGCGUGCCGAUUCCCAUCUCAAACUACUGUCCCACAAGCUGACAUCCCGCAGACUGGCGUUCCUCCAACUGCCAUUCCGCCAGCUGGCCCCCCUCACGUUGCUCCUACCCCUCCUGCUGGCAUUCGAGCUGUGCCUUCGAGCCCUGAGUCUGUGCUUGUGGCAGGGUUCCCUAAAGCGAGGGCGGUGGCUGGGCUGGGGAGCAUGGAAGGGCCGACGGGGCUGGGUGGUCCAAGGCUGAGGGUGAGGGCCCAGGCGGCGGGUCAUGGUGGGAUUGAAGAGGGGCCGGCUGAAGAAAGGCAUGCAGGGGUGGGAGAAUUCGAGCGGGGAGAGCAGCAGGAGCAGGAAGGGAAGAAGCAGCUGGUGGAGGAGGAGGAGGAGGAGGGGGAGGAGGAACAGGAGGGGCCAACCCUGGUGCUUCAUCACAUCCCGAAGGACCUGACUGGCGUGGCACGUGUCCGUGAGGGUGAAGCAGCUGAGGCUGGAGUCGAAGCACCUGCAGCAGAGGAGACGACAGCAGCGGAUUUUGCAAGGCAGGAACUCGGCAAGCCCGAGGGAGAAGCUGAGGAGAAACGAGUGGUGGGUGAACAGGGAGCGGAGGAGUCAGAGGAGGGGCUCCUGGUGGAGAAAGAGGUGGAAGAGGAGGGGGCGAGAGUUGCGAGUGAGCUGAAGAAGCUUGAGAAAGUGAUCACUGGACGGACGAUUCAAGCCCCUGCUUCUCCAAGGGAAGAGGCGGAGCUGCUGUGUGGUCUUGUGGGGGUGACCCCCCCUCCUCCGUUGUCGCCUGCACCGAAGCUGCCCCCGCUGGCACGCGUUUCUCGGAAGCAAGCUGCUGAGGGGCAGCUGUGGGAAGUGCGCCGUGCGAAUCAGCUGGUAGAAGCGACGAAGGAACAGUUGGGGGUUGCAUAAAGCUUGGAUGGAUGGAGUCGUUAGGUUGUCUUAGUAGUGAAUGUAAUGUGCCCAUGUGGGAUGUUUGUAAAGGCUUGGAUGUGUUGAAGACUAUAGGGUGCAGCGACUAUGGAGAAGAGCAAUGAUGCCACAUAAGUACGUGGGUUUUUUGGGGAUGAUAAUGGUUGACAUACAUGAUGUGUGUAAUUUACGGAAUAGGAGGUGAAGUCUCAAUCUAGUCCAUGAUGGCAUCUGGUUUCGAGCGAUUGAAUCCACGAGUGCUGCUAGAACCUGCAAGCAUGUGCUACUACAAUCUUGAUGGCCAUUCUUGGAUCAGCCUUCUUUCAGCUUGUUCCAAAUGCGGAGUGCUCACGGGGAGGGUGCUUCGAAUGUACUGUCAUGAAUGAUUCCAUGAGAAUGCUUCGUACGACUUUAUCCACCCCGCUGUUCAGCGGAUUCAGCCUCUCGUGCUCAAUGUCAUCCUGCACUCCUGCCGUUGCCGUCGCCGCCAUUCCUGCGGUUAAAUCCAUAGGAAUCGCUCACGAACAAAUCCAACGAUUUGCUGGCUUCGGAAACAAACGGCGAGGUCGGAACUUCAUUUCGCGAUGGGGUGAAAGCUGUCCCUCUGGUUACCAGCUCGCAUUCGUGCAGUCGCCGGUCAGCCAGGAUUUUGCAGGCCGGACUUCGCCAGUUCGUGCAAAGAAACUCGCAUCCGACCCGUAUGUGUCCUGCAGAGAAGCCAUCUUGGACCAACAAUUGACAUUCCGCACAGCAACACCUGACGACCUGCACUCCGUGCAUUCCCUGGAAAUGGCUGGAUACCCGGAAGACGAAGCAGCCUCCCUCAACUCUCUCAACUACCGCAUCCAGAAAGCCAGCUCAGUGUUUCUAGUGGCGACACUUGGCAGCGAGCUAGUGGGAUUUGCAUGCGGCACUCAGACGGCCAAGGACGAGCUGGACCAUGCCUCCAUGUUCGUCCAUGACCCCACAGGCGAGACAUUAUGCAUCCACUCCGUAUGCGUAAGCCAGAAGUACCGUCGUCAGGGCAUUGGGUCGCGUUUGCUGAGAGCCUACAUCAAGCACGUUUCGUCCAUCGAAGAGCCAGUGCUGCAAUCUAUUCGUUUAUUGUGCAAAAAGCCACUAUUAGGGUUCUAUAAAAGAGUCGGCUUCUCCUUGGUGGGGCCCUCAAGUGUAGUUCACGGAAGGGACCAGUGGUUUGAGUGUUUGCUCAUUACUCAACAAAAAUGAUGUGAGUAAAUUCAUAUAUUGGUG